AUUAAAAAAAAUACAGGAGAUACCGAAGACGGACACCCCACUCAAAGUAGAGUUCGCAGUGGCGCAAGAUGUAGAAUAUCAGCACCAGUUUGAAACUGACACCUGCUAGGAAAGCACAACGCCACUUUGAUGUGUGGAGCAAGCUCCUAGUGCAUCUUCCAAUCCCGUUUAAUAUAAAGGCUUCAAACUGAGGAUGGAUCAGGCUGGGAAUGGAGUGCAUAGUUUGGAUGUCAGCAGUGGGACACCUUACUAAAACAAAGCAUCCAUGGGACUGUUGUCUUAUCAAUGACUUGUAAGUGCAGGAGCUGUUAAAUUGGAAACAAGUGCUACAAGAUGUCAAGCGAGGUGCUUGAGAGCAACAGUGGGAUGGAGGAGGCAACGCAGAAAGAGAGCAAGUCUGGAAGCCAGAGCCCUCACCAUGGCUCCUUGAGAAGGGCUGUGGCAACCACUGUCACCUUUGAUGGGGAAGCCACUAUGGACCGGAGGAAAAAGAAGAAAAAAGAGUCCCGACCCGAGUCAAUAAUAGUGUAUCGGUCGGAGAAUGAGAAUAAGGUGGAAGAAGAACAGGUGGAUGAAGAAGGAGGGGAGAGGAGAUCUGAGGAAGGCUCCAAGUUCCUGGGUCAGUCCAUGGCAGAUGGUGUCUGGAACAUGCCUUUAGACAGCACAUAUGUCACCUUGACUGGAACAAUCACCAGGGGAAAGAAGAAAGGUCAGAUGGUGGACAUCCAUGUCACACUAACAGACAAAGAGCUGCAGGAACUGACUAAGUCAAAGGAACCUCCUAAAGAGGAUGUACCUGAGAAGAAGAAGAAAUGUGAUGUUGGACUGGACAGAGGACCCCACAUCGUCCUCUGGACCAUUAUCUGUCUCCCCAUCAUUUUUGUAGUGUCCUUUGUGGUUUCAUUCUACUAUGGAACCAUUACAUGGUACAACAUCUUCUUGGUGUACAAUGAAGAGAGGACCUUCUGGCACAAAAUCACCUUUUGUCCCUUUUUGAUCAUAUUCUACCCAAUUAUAAUUAUGGUUGUGUCUUUUUCCCUGGGCCUGUACUCGGCUGUGGCCCAGGUAGCAUGGUCCUUUGGGUACUGGUGGCAUGCUGUCAGGGAUAUGGAAAAGGGCUUCUGUGGCUGGCUCUGCAGCAAGCUGGGUUUGGAAGAUUGUUCCCCCUACAGCAUUGUUGAGCUGCUAGAUUCUGACAAUAUCUCAGGUAGUCUCUCUGGCAAGAGCUCUGCACAGGGGGUUGAGACCUCGGCACUCUGAGCCUUUGUCCUGGCUGACUAUUUUGGUCAUAUGUGAGUGGUUUUCACCUAGAAGAUAACACGCUGAUGAUUUUUUAAUAUAUAUAUAUAUAUUUAAACACAAACAUAAUGAAUAAAAUAUUGGGCUGGGAGUGCUCUUUAAAUGUCACAGAAUGCAAGUGUGCUAGCUUCAUGUGGUCUGGGUGGGGAGGUGCAUGGCUCUCCAAGGAUUUGUCAUCUGUUUUAGCUAAUUACAGCUGCUGGGAAUGUUGAGAAAAUCCAGGUCUGUGGGACUUUGGAUGUUUGUGAGGUGGCAGAGAUAUGGGUUGAAAAGUCCACUUGUGUAAAGUUAGAUUUUACUUUUAGGGAAUGGACAUAACAGUGACCUGUUGACUCAGUGAAAAGAAGUCUCUACUUGGGGGAUGACCUUCAGGAGCUAGGAAAGCAUUCAGAGGUGAAGGCUAAAUUGCAUAAUGUGAUGUUCCUGCAGUUUUCCUAGAAAGGGUCCUUUUCCAGUCUUUUUGACAAGUGCAGCAAACCCUCCAGGUAGACUCUGUCAGAGUUUGAAAAACAGACCACUACAACAGUUGUGCCCAGCCUUUCACUGGGAAGGGACAGCAGAGCCUCCGACAAAGGCACAUGAGCUCCACACUGACCUGAAACGCACCCAUCACAUGUUGGAAGAGUAGGGUUUGGUCAGUAACACGGGGACCUGAUGGUCACCAACCACCCCCAGGGGACUGUAGCUGCAAAGAUGGGUGCUAGGCCACAGCUCCAUUGGAUCUUAUGAUAGGUGCACUGCUAGGAAGGAAUGGGCUACAGGAGUUGUGCGUGGUGUGCGGUUCAAACAGUUGCAUUAUAGGGAGGAAACAUCUGCUCUGAGGAAAGGCCAUCAGUUUGCGUGACACUGCAACGCAGGUGUGGACCAGCAGCACCUGUAUUUAGAAUAGUGGAGUAGAUGGUGCUUGGGAUGGGAAGGUCUCACUGAAAUGGUCAUUCUGGUUUUCAGGUAGCUCUUACGGAAUCGCUGCUGGCUCUUCCUUUUCAGAACAAGGGCAACCCUGAGCCAGUGUCUGUUUAUGCCAGUGCGAACUGUGUUAGUGCCUCAGCCCUGGAAAUCUGCAUCCCACACACACUUGCUGGUUCAUUGUAUGGAAGAGCAAUGGAUUAUACAUCCUCCUCCCCUCAUGUCUCAUUUUCAUAAUUGGUUUCCCUCCUUUUGGGACUUUGCAUGGCAUCUUAGUGGGCUCCCAGACCAGGCUGAGGUGGCCACCAUAGGCUGGAGAAAUUUUAACUGUCUCUUUAAAAAAAAUGAUUAGCAGGAAUGUUCUUUUUCUGGAUUGACUGUUGGGGUUUUGGCCUCAGGAGGACAGGAGGAAAAUAAAAGAGAGGUAUAAUGGACUCUAAUGGGGACUGAGAUACAUGUCUGAAACAUGAUUAAUUUUCUGAGUGCUCUAGUUCAGCUGGUGCUGCUAGAAAGUCUGGCUCAGCUCCAACCCAGAGGAGCCCAGCGUUUGCAUGCGUGUAGGUAGGUAAUUUGUAGCGUGCAGCCAGUCAGGCUGUGCAGCCACUCAUGUCUGUGUAGGUGUCUCACUUCCCCAGUCUCCCUACCAGAGGGGGAGCUGCUCUAGCUUUAGGAUGGUGAAGAGAAGCGUUCAGAAGCUGGAUUUCACAGGAAUUUAUGCUUCGUGUUGCAUUUCAAGGAUGAGCUCAAGAGUAGACUGACUGGCUGUCCUGGUUAGGACAUCUGGGAUGUAUAAAGAAGUCCAUCCGAUGCUCUAGAUGUGACACUAAGUAAAGUCCCUGCUGCAUUCUUGGUCCAUCCCCUUCUGGGAGGUCCAGCCAAAGCAGCCUCGUAGCACUUGGCUUGAGGAUUAACAGCGUGAAUAGUGUACAAGCCAAAUACCAAGAACAGGCUUGGCCCCACGCUUUACUGACAAAGCAGAGGUGCUCCCUCAGCACAGGUACAGCUGGGCUGAGUUUGCUGCUGCCUGAUGCACAGCUUUCAGUUUUUACUGGCUAAGUCUUUAAAGGCAACUUGCAGUAAAAAAAAAAUUAAAACAGUGAAAAAAAUAGACCCCGACCCAUGAGGCAAUGGCAGGUAAUUCAGUGGGGUUCAAAGAGGCUGACAUACGUCUGGGACCAUUUCAAGCAGUGAAAUGCUAUUUCAAUCAGGGAGCUCUGAAUUAAUAGAGAAGCUGAGGAUAAGUCAUGCCAGUGCUGGCAGUCUGUAGUGACCCACUCUGCUUAAUACUCCUCCACAUGGAAAUUGCAGGCUCCCACAUGGCUGGAGGGUGGGAAGAAGUGAUGUUUAACAAGCAUUAAUGGGAAGGAAGGCCUGCUGGCAAGUGUUCCCACACUUUGUGUAGAGGGACACUGCUAGCGUGAAAGGAUUGGAUUGUGUAUCUUGGCCCCAACAUGCGGCACACAAGUGGGUUUGGGGGAAGGAUGGCUGGCAAGUGUGCAUUGCUGCAGAGGGAGAAAGCCCAAUUCAGCUGUCACUGCCAAACAGCAGCUGUUCAAGGCUAGACGAAAGGUUGGGGUCAGUAGCACAAAGAGCCUGCAACUUACAGAGGGCUUGAAUGAUAAAUACCAGCUCAUUACAGAAUCCAGCCCUGUGAAAUGUCUGCUGAGCUGCAGGAUUUGCUUUCAGGCUUGCAAGCAGCCUGCCAGAGUGGAGACAAAACCAAAUCUGUGCCUCUUACUCCUAUGUAAACACAAAGGAGCGUCAGAGAAGUCGUGUUACCCUCCCUCUACCAUGGCAGCUAUGCUUCUGGGUUUGGAGGCUACAUUUUUGGGAAUAAUACUGGAACAAUCCAUCAUGUGUUUUCUACUUCUGUACACUUAACCAAGCUUGCCUCUGCUCCGGCCAAAGUCAGGGUGUUCUGCCAUUGAUUUUGGUGGGACCUAGUGUAAGCUUGGGGUUAGUUCUGGUGCUAUUUGUAAAAAUUUUAUUCAAACUUUUCUCAAAACAACUCUGGAUAGCUUUCUCUCUUGCCUGUUAUCUCCCAGAGUUUUGCCUGCUGCAAAAUAUAUAAUCAUAAUCACUUGUUGUAAUAGAAAAAAGCACAAGGUUUUGUCUUGUUCUACCGUUGCUUUCAGAAACUCACAAGUAAUUUCUGCUUAUGUGCCACUGUCAAACUCCAGCGAGUUCCAAUUAUUCUGAUUGUUGCGUGCGUUUCUGGCUGCUCUAGUCUGGAUGUUUUUUUUAAGUAAAGAUAACGUGUGUUUUCUGAUUGUUAUUUUUAAUUGCAUUCCCUUUUCCCAUCCUUGCUGGCCUGGGUGGAGAAUAAAGAUGUACAUGGCAUUAGAAGAGUGCUGCUUUCAUGCUUCUGCUUGACUCUGUGGUAAAAACAGUACUGUGGGAGGGAUACAGUCAUUUUAUGCUGAUAAUUGAUUACAAGCCGUUAUCUUUGAAGAGCCACUUUAAAGUGUGUUUGAAAUGGGUUUCAGUUUUAUCUCUUGUUAACUUGUGCGUAUUCAGAAUUGUCAUAACUCUGGACUCUUCUUUGCUUUUACUUCAUAGUGCACAAAUUAACAUUUUUUGAUUCAAUUUCACUUGUUGGGUAUCUGUUUGGCUUUAGCCCCAAAGAUCUGUAGGGAGGGACACGCUCCCAUACCAAAAUAAGAAAUACAUUUACAUUUACUCUACAAA